AUGGGCAGUGAAGAGCAGCAGAAUCUCCAUAAGCGCAUUCAGCAUCUUCAAAACAUGUUAGGCGAAAUAAACAGAUAUCUACAAAGCUCAACCACCAAACCUCCAGCCAUGGUCUCUCGGCUGUUAGAAGAGAAGGCUAGAAUCACUUCUCAGCUGCGCGAACUCAAUAACACUUACACCCAUAAGGCUGAGGAGGCCAAUCGCUUUGGCCGGUCUCUUUCUAGUCUUUAUAACGUUGCUCGGAAAACGGACAAAGUUCGAGAUAUGCUGUAUGCAGAUAGUGGAGGACAAGAUCCAUUAGACACACGAGUGGAGAUAGAGGAGAUACUUAAAGAGAUGGGAGUAGAUACCGAGAUAGAUAGUCAGAUCAAGAAGAUUCUACUAAGUAGUGCCGAUAUAUUUAUAGAUAAUCUGAUAGCAACUGCUUGUUCAGUUGCUCGGAAUAGAGAGGCCUCAGAGGUUACAAAAGAAGAUAUCAUCUUUGCCAUGAAGAUGGAGCGAGGCACUGAGUUGUAUAGUACUUACCGCCCUAAAAAGGCCCGCGAGCCAGACAAAGAGCAUCUUAAGCGGCUACAGAUGAUCAAAAAGGAUCAGAAGAAGUCGUCAGUUCAGAGCAAAUAA